GAGUCUCAGUCUCAGUUUCUUUUAGGUUUGUCCUGACUCGACUCUCUCUCUCUCGCGCGCGCUUGUGAUGACGAUGAUGAUGAUGCGCAAACCGACACGCACGCGGAAUAUUCGCCAAAAGCUCGUUGGCGAGGACGACGACUCGGACGACGCGAACAACGCAGUCCCAACGUCGGCGACUGAGGAGAGUGGAUCACUGCGCCAACAUGAGAACAACGACGACGAGCAGAGCACUGGAGCCAAGCGAUCUGACGACGCCGGGCGGCCCGAUCGAGCCGGACAUGCACGGCACCGGAAUCGCAGCGAGGACAAGGACGGAGACAAGGACGACGAAGACGAGGACGAGGACGAUGGACCAGCGUCGAUCGCAAAGACGACAAGCACUCUGUUCAAGCGGUCGUCAACAGGACUGCGGAUUGCUGCUGCUGGUAGUAGUAGUGGUAGUGGUGGUGGUGGUGGUGCCACCGCCAAUCGCGCUGUCGGCGGGAUGCGAGCUGGAACUGCAACUGCUGCUGGAUUGAUGAGCAGCAGCCAUCAUCCGGUUGCUGCGACGACGAACGCUGCUGCUGCAAAGUCGCUGAUGAGCUUUGCAGAUGACCCAGAUGCCAUGUCGUCCGACGCUGACGAGGAAGAGGCAAGAGUCAGGCGCGCAGCCAAAGAAUCGCUGCGCAAGAGCCAGCACCAUCACCACCACCACCACCAUCACCGUCAUGACCAUUCUGACGAACCGCAGAGUAGUCAAAGCACCAAGUCUCACGAACGCUCGCAUCGCAGCAGAGGUGAGGACAGCGUGCGCGAAGAGGACGCUCCAGCAGUCCAGCGAUCGCUCGCCGACAUCAAGGCCGCAUACGGAAUUGUUGAUACUCCCAACACUCGCCCUCCAGCAAGCAUGCCCAUGCAAAUCGACGAGGACAAUGCGGACGACGGCGUGCUGACGGGCGAGGCUGCGCUCAACUUGGCCGACACACAGGUGCCCGAAUUUGAGCAGCCGUUCGAUGAAGACCGCAUCCCGGACGCCAACCGAAUUGCCGAAGCCAAACUCCGUCGAGAACGUGCAAGGAAGACCGGCGACUAUAUUUCCCUGAGUGAAGGAGCAGGUUUGCAAGAUUCAAGAGCAUCUCUGCCUGCCGCAGAUGAUCCAGCUAUUGGAGAGGAGGGCCACUACGGAGAGUACUCUGGCAACCGGAUAUCGUUCGGAGUCAAAUCAAAACACGCUGAAAAAAUGGAACGAGCCAAAAUCAUUCGGCAGGCAUUGAACGAGGGCAUGGAUGACGAUAACGACGACGACACGAUGGAUACAGCCUCAGCUCGUGGACGCGGCGACGAGGACGACGAGGACGACGAGGUCCGUGCUUGGGAACGCGCACAAAUCCAAAAGGGAGGCGCAGCUCAUGUAUUGGCCCAAGCGACCAAAGCGCAACAAAAGCAGCAGCGGCAACAUGACCAAGCACCAUCCGAUCGUGGUAUUCUCGGCUUCAGACAGCCACCACAGCAUGACUACAUGCCAAACAUUGCUGCGCUGCCCUUGCCGCUGCCCUUUGAAGUGGCACAAGGCAGUAUCAACGAACGACUGACCGACCUUCGCGAUGCGCUCACACAUUACGAGCACAAAAUGGCGCGCGUUCAAGCCGAGCAAACGCAAGUGAAGGGCGUCAUUUCCAAGCUCACCGACGAGAUUGAUGUUGUUUCGGCCCGUCUGUCGUACUUUCAAGGUGUCAAGGAUUAUGUUACGGAUUUGCUCGGGUGUCUGGAUGCGAAGUGGCCACUCAUUCAAGCAGCUGAGGGAUCACUGAAUGAGCUCUUCCAAGCAUUUGGCAGCUUGACAACCGAUGUCAGCGUUGAUGAUGAUGCGCUCGAGGCCCCCGUCCAUCGUAGUCGCUAUGAUGAGCAGCUUGUAUCUGUACUUGGUGCAGCUCAACGGAUAUUUGACGAUGUCCUCGACGACUUUGGCUCGCUCGAGUUUGUCAUUGGCAAAUUUGACGAGCUGCGGCGUCUCUACCCGCAAAUGUACUCUGAGUCGUACGUGAGCUUCUUUCUCCCAAACUUGUUCUCCCCAUACGUCAGCCACGCGCUACUGGCUUGGCACCCGCUGUUGGGAGACGCAGCUGAUAUCACGGCAAUGCCCUGGUUUGGAACCAUUGCAGCUUUCGCUGGGCGCUCGGCGUCUUCCACGGGCGCCGGCGCACUCGAUGCCAAUCCUGACGCCGACCUCUUGCUGCAAUCUAUCGAAAAGUCACUACUUCCACGCAUGCUGGGUGUCUUGAUGCACGUUUGGAAUCCCUUUUCGCUUUGUCAAUCAUCCCGAGCGCUUUCGGUCGUCUCGACGCUCAUCCAGUUGGCAGACAAGUCCUAUUCUUCUGCUAUUACGCAAACUUUCCACACUUGUCUGCGCGACAGCGUCGUGCAGCGGAUUCAAGAGGCGCUCGAGCUGCGCCCAGGCCAUGUCAACUUUCCCUCCCCACAAGCCAAAGCCGCCCUCCUCACAGACUUGGCCAACCCGACCAGUGUUCUGACUGACUGGAUUUCGUUGCUCCCCAAUGCGAGUCGCGAUGUCUCUUGAUUUUGUGAGCGACUGUCAAAACCAGAAACACCGAGAUAAUAUACAUCCGUUCUUAUUCUGCU